AUUAUUUCGUUUUUAUAAAGAUGGCGCCAGCCUUGGAUGGCGUAUGGGGCAAGCCGACAUCUACUCUCGAUUGGUGCGAGCGGAAUUAUGAAGUGACGGCGUACAUUGCAGAGUUCUGGAACACGGUGAGCAACCUUGCCAUGAUAGUGCCCCCGGCAUACGGAGCCAUCCAAGCGUGGAGAAAGAACCUGGAAACUCGGCUCGUGCUGUGUUACGGAUUCUUGCUCGUUGUUGGCAUCGGAUCGUGGUGUUUUCAUAUGACACUCUGGUUCGAGAUGCAGCUUCUAGACGAACUGCCCAUGGUUUGGGGAACCUUAAUACUCGUCUACACCCUGGCCGAAGUAUCCAAGCCAGCGCAUACGAACAACUACUACUUAAUGGCAGGCCUCAUACUUUAUGGUACUGUCAUCACCGCUGUUUACCUGACAAUCAAAGUUCCCGUGUUUCACCAGGUCGCUUACGGGUUCCUGGUGGCCGUGACAUUCUUCAUGAGUCUUAGGCUAGCAUGGCAGCAGUAUUUUGAGGUGUGGCUGUUUGCUGCGGCCACCCUCUUGUACCUGACGGGGUUCCUCGUCUGGAACGUAGACAACAGCUUCUGCGCAGAGCUGAGCUCUGCCCGGGCCAGUCUGCCGCCCCUGGUGGUGCCCUUCUCGCAGUUCCACGCUCUCUGGCACUGCUUUGCUGGCUACGGCGCCUACAUCAGCAUACUCUACUGUUGUCAAGCCCGGCUGUCUCAUUUGAAACAAGAGUGCCGAAUGAAGCUUGGACCUGUGGGCCUAGAAAUCCAAGUUGGCAAGAGCAGGAGACCUUCAAGACCAAAGUCCCAAUGAUGGCCGAGCUGUUCUUUCCUGCGCCAAAACGUGGACGAGCAGACCCCGAGCCAUAUGCUCGCUGUGACGAACGGGUGUUGGCCCGUGCGAUGGCAUUUCGUUUCCCGCGCGUGGAACUUAAAAAUGCGGCAUAUACUCCCACACUGCCCGUUUUUGGCGCGGUGUCGCUACAAACGCCUUAGCAUUGUAUACUUUAUGCCUCUUUUAAAAUGUUGACCUUUUGUAGUCACU